UUCCAAGGCUGGAGGCGGUACACACAGCUGCAUGCCAGAGGCGGUAGUACUGCUGCACUGUGGACUAAUAAUCUGGAUGGAGAAGUCCACUAAACUACUUCCAUUUAAAGCGCCAUAUAAGGCUUUGAACGCUGCCCUGAUGAGGCUCCGGGUCUCCCUAUUCUAUCGCUAUGAUAUCCGAGCUGCAGAUUUAACUCUUACUGUUUGCUGCUGAGAAUUUUUAAUAAAUGCAGUGACGAUGGUGAGUCAAUCUAGUCAGACACUGACUUGCAAAAUACAUAAUUAACCUUCUCUGUGUUUUUUUUUGAAUAUUCACGAACUUAAUGUACUUAUGGAUUAUUUGCACAAAAUACCUCAUUACCAGAAUUGCUGUGCUCAACGUGACGCUCAUGACAUCAGCCUUACCACCAGCCACGCAAUCGUGCGUCGUGCUUCUAUUUUUACACUAAAAAGCUAUUUUUGAACAGGGGUGCAGCAGAGUGCUUCAGACUCUGGCAGAGAAGACGAUAUAAGUAGCUACAGAGACCAAAAGCCUGAAGUACUUUCAUAUCUUUUUUUUUUCAAAGCCUCCCAUCAUGUCAACGCGCAAUUGCGCAGCCAGGAAACCCUGAGCGGUGAGACAAGUGGCAUGACAGAGGUGCUUGAAAACUACCGCAGCGCCUCACGAGAACGAGCCUCCUGCUGUGACCCCAUUCCCAAGAAACUGACUUCCAAACAUCCUCAUAAUAUUCAGGUGAGCAUUCUCUCUAUGAGUCCUCUGCGAGUUAAUCGUGGACACUGUUGGCAGGCCCGCUGCGUUUAUUGAAGACAUUUGGAGCCUGGGGAGAGUAAGCAUGAAAAUGUAUUGGACUCAUAUCUGCUGCGACUUCUACUCACGAUGACAGUUUGUAUCAGCACUGUGGAUGCACUCAUCAAAAGUCACGAUGGACGCAGCGGAUAUAGCUGCUUCCGUGUUAGUUUUGGGGAUCAUUUUCGUGUCGUUGCUGUCCAACGUUGUGGUGCUGAUCUGCUUUCUGUACAACCCGGAGAUCCGCAAACAGGUGCCCGGUCUUUUUAUCCUCAACUUGACGUUUUGCAACCUGUUGCUAAGCGUGUCCAACAUGCCACUAACUCUUGUCGGGCUCGUCACCACGGGUCACCCCGGAGGCAGCGUCUUCUGUCAAAUUGUGGGUUUUCUCGACACUUUCCUCACCACAAACUCCAUGCUGAGCAUGGCAGCUCUCAGCAUCGAUAGAUGGGUUGCGGUGGUGUUCCCACUGAGUUACCACUCAAGAAUACGGCAUCGGGAUGCAGUGAUAGCGCUGGGAUACACGUGGAUACACUCACUCUGCUUCUCCACAGUUGCCACCUGCCGCUCCUGGGUGGGCUACCACCACCUUUACGCAUCGUGCACUCUCUGCAAUGCCAGGGCGAAGGCAUCCGGCACGCAGUUCAUCAUUUUCACCGUGGCUCUGCACUCUCUCACUUUCCUCCUCACGCUGAUCGUGUUGUGUGUAACGUAUCUGAAAGUGCUGAAAGUUGCAAGGUUUCACUGUAAACGCAUCGACGUGAUCACUAUGCAGACGUUGGUGCUGCUCGUGGACAUUCACCCCAGUGUGCGCCAGAAAUGCUUGGAUGAGCAGAAGCGGAGGAGGCAAAGGGCCACGAAGAAGAUCAGUACAUUCAUCGGCACAUUUGUGGUGUGCUUCACCCCUUAUGUCAUUACAAGAAUUGUGGAGCUCUUCUGCCCAGUGCCCAUAAGCCCUCACUGGGGUGUGCUUUCCAAAUGUUUGGCCUACAGCAAGGCAGCAAGUGACCCGUUUGUCUACUCGCUGCUGCGCCACCAGUACAGGAAGACCUGUAGCCUCCUGGCUAACAAAGUCCUCAAGAGGAGUCCACUCAACUCCUCCUCCCUCAGGAUGGAGAACAACGCAGGGAGGAGCGACAAUAACCUCAACACAACCAACAACAUCCAACCGCCUACCAACAAGCCACUGGGACAGUGAAGGUCAGCACUCUCAGAAACAAUUACGGUACUUUACCAACCUAAAGGUGAAUUGGAUUUGACAUUUCACUUUGAGGUUAACACUCAUGAGAAGAGGGGUACGACCGUAGAUUGACUUCUCUGUGAUAGUGUAAUAUCAGAGUGAACAGGUUUGUCACCUAAUUACUAGUUGAAGGAGAAGGCUGGCAAUAUUCUGUAAUUGUCUUAGUAUCAACAAACCCCAUAAAGACACCCAAACCAACAAUGUGUUUAUCCAUUUUUCACUACUUUCCUACUUUCCCAGCCUGUCUGUGGCUCUCAGCCCCAAUUUAAUUUGUUCCUACUGAGGAUGUGAGUUUUAAAAAUAGAUCACAAAUAAAUUCUUUUUUUAGAAAAAAGGCAAAAUAAUUUCCUCAAGCAGCUGGGUUUUGCAGGGGUUUUUUGCAAACAUUCCUUAAACAGGGGAAAAAAGUGCAUAUGUAGGGAACUACUUGUAGCAGCAGAAAUAGUGCACUAGUGAAUAUUUGCAGCAGCAGGACUGUGCAUAUGGGAUUAACUCACAAUUAACUACAGUGUCCAUGUUCAUGGUAAUGAAUGAAUGGAUGUUUUAGUUAAUAACUGCCAGCAGGAUAAAUCCAUUAAAAAAUAUAGAAUAUCACCAUCCUUCUUUUAUAAAAGAAUAGACCGAUCACUUUUGUAGGUUGUGUGUGUGUAGGUUGUAAUGGCAUUAAAUAUUUCAAUACAAAUGAAACACAGUCUUUUUAAGAAUGGCAAUUUCUAAUGAGAUAGUUUGUAGCACAAAUUUGUGACAACCAUCCUGUGUGACAUGGUGACUAAUUUGUUAAUUGUGUUAUUAAUGGCACAAACUGUAAUCCAAAUGUGAACAAGACAACUACAAAAUACAGAACACACACGCCUGCUUUCACUCCCAGAUGGAUUAGCAGGUCUCAUACUUGGACUAACUAAACAACAACUAAAUCUUCAGUAUUACUAUCUCCGAUGCUGUUUAAGGUUUGGUCAAGUCAGUAAUGUAUUAACACAAGAGUAACUUCAUCACCAGAUGUCGGUAUAGUUGUAAAUAUUCUCUGUGAAACUCAAGCAUACCUUCUGACCUCAAUGCUGAUUAUCUACCUGGAUAAAGUACUGUAAAGAAUGAUUUAAACAGUACAGUCAUGUUGUAGAGAGUAGAGCAGUUCACCACACUGAUGGUUUAAUCAAAAUUACUGUAUGUUGUAGCUGUGAGGCCUGAGUUCUGAAGUGCCUUUUAGACUAUGAACUCUUUUACUUAAUCAAAACACAACAGAGGAAACCUGUCACAUUCUGUCAUUUACUUGGUAUUCUGUGGUGUGGUUAGGUGUGAUGAUAGAGCCUGUUAUGCAGUUUGGUCACAUUGUAGGAAUAUUUUAAGUAAUGUGUAUUUUGUAAUACCACCACAUUGUAUUGUUGCAUCUGGCAAAACAGGGUGAAAUAUUAUUUGAAUGUGGUAGCCACUAUUCAGUGAUGUGUAAUUAACAUUCCAGCUCAUGAUAUAUGAGUGGCUGUGUGACGUUUGGCAUAUAAAAAUUAUUCAUUUUGACAACACUGGCAAAUCAGGAUAUUGUAUUUUUAUUUUACUGUGACAGUAUGAAGCCUUUAAAGGGCAUAAAAUCUAUUUAUUUUUGUCAAAACUGUGUCUGAUUUUUGCUAAAUACGUUUGUGAUUAUAUUGAAAUAAAUGCUGUGCAUUUUGA